AAUCAACAUCGGCCGGCGGAGUUUUCUCAGAUCUCGCCGUCGCACUCUUUUGGCGAUGGAAUCCAAUCCUCUCCUACUAUUUAGUCAACCAUUUCCAUAGCCUACAAAAAGAAUCAUCGCUUUUCAUUUCUUCACUCACUCAGCAAAAGCAUCCAUGGCUUCUCUAUCAGCUACUUACCCAAAACACACGACCAAUUUUCCGUCAAGAUACGCCGAUCAAUUGUACGAUUUAUGUCUUCUUCCAAGAAAUCAUUCACUCAUGGAAAAAGGGUCACCAAGAGAUUUGAGAAUCAUUCGAAGUUCUAAUCAAACUGAAUCAAUGAAACUAUCAGACAUUCCUUUAUUGUCUUGUCUAGAGGCUAUUGAGAGGCUAAAACGGAACAGAGAGAACAACAGAGGGAAGCAGCAGUUCCUGGCUAUGUACUCUAGCAUAUUUGGUGGAAUCGUAACCGAUGAAGCAGCCAUGGUGAUCCCUACGGAUGAUCACAUGGUUCGCAGGGGGCACGAUGUCUUUGACACUGCUGCAAUAAUGAAUGGACACCUCUAUGAAUUAGACCAGCAUGUUGAUCGAAUCUUAAGGUCAGCGACGAUGUCGAAAAUCGCUCUUCCGAUUAGUCGCGAGACUAUUAGAAGCAUUCUUAUACAAACUGUAAGUGCAUCCAGGUGCAUGAAUGGAUCAUUGAGAUACUGGAUUUCGGCUGGACCUGGUGACUUUCAACUAUCAUCUUCUGGCUGUCACCAACCAGCUCUUUAUGCAGUUGUAAUCGAAGAUAAAUCUACGUUCGAUUCGAGAGGCAUCAAAGUAGUUACUUCGUCGAUCCCCAUAAAGCCUCCUCAGUUUACCACCGUGAAGAGUGUGAAUUACCUUCCGAAUGUGCUCUCGAAGAUGGAAGCCGAAGAACAAGGUGCAUUUGCAGCAGUUUGGCUGGAUACCGAUGGAUUCAUUGCCGAAGGACCGAACAUGAAUGUUGCAUUUGUUACGGAAGGAGCUUCUAAUGCCCAAAUUCAACAAAAUUUUGAGUGGCUGCACGGCUAAGAGAGUUCUGACUCUCGCGGAGGGACUGGUGAGACAGGGUACGCUCCGUUGAAUAAGUGUCGAUAAUGUGAGCGUCGAUGAAGGGAAAACCGCAGACAAAGGGGUUGUUUGUUUACUUCAGAAUGAUUAAGCGUUGAAUGAUUCAAAUGCUGAAUGAUUCAGACUUCUGUGUUGAAUCAUUCAGCAUUGUUUUACUGAAUUAGUCAGUAUUGAAUCAUUCAGAGGUGAGAAAUAAACGAGCUGAAUGAUUCUAUUCAAAUCCAAACAUACAAUCCCAAAAUGAUGCUUAUCGGCAGCGAAAUCCUCGUUCGUCCCGUGAUACAGUGGAAUGGACAAGUCAUUGGCGACGGUAAGUUCCGUUUUGACAUAAGCUGCAACAUUUAGCAACUAGUUUCUGGCACUCAAUGAUUCAAAUCUGCCUGAAUUGUAUUUUUUUAUUAUCAAA